UAAGGAAUAAUUAAUGUUUAUAAUAUUUUAUAACUAAAAACGUCCAUAUUGUGCAUUUUUUAAUACAUAUACGACAGGAAAAGAACUCGAUACAGUUACGAACGUUCGCUCCCUUGUGAAAGGUUAUCUAACCAAUAAGUAGACAUUCCGAAUUGUGAUUGGAUAAGUUCAUGAAGAUUGGAUUAUGUUAUCCAAAAUGACAGUUAAUGUUAUUAGGAGAUUGGUGUGUUACAAUGCGCGUACAUUUUGUCGCCUACGAGAUCCCUUACAAUCAAAUCUCUUGUGUAAUGGCGAUACAAAAUCAAAUAGUGUACAAAAUCAUUGUCACUUGUACAUAGUAAAAAGAUUCAAAUCCAAAAAGAAGGCUGCUAAUAUUAAGAAAGAUGAGAAUGAAGAUUCUGAUGAGGAGAAAGACGAUGAGGAAGAAGCUCCCAUAGGUUCAAAAGUUAUCAAAGCAAAGAUACCUUCUAUUCGAUUAGAUACCAUUUCCAAAGCUGGAUUUGGAAUUUCUCGCAAUAAAAUUAAUGAGGCCUUUUAUGCAAGCAAGAUUCGUAUAAAUAGAAAUAAAAUAUUAAAGAAAGCUAAAGAGAUGAAAAUAGGAGAUGAAAUCGAUUUAAUUUUACAUCAAAAUGUGGAUAAUCCUGGAUUGCUAGUUAUAAAUAGAAUUGUUAUAUUAUCAAUGAAUCCUGUGACUGAUGGUAUACAAGUGAAAUUAUCUGUAGAUAAAAACUUACUAAUUGAAGAUUAUGAGGAUCCAUAUUUAUAAUUUAAAGUUAAACU